AUGACUUCUUCGAAAGGUACGGAGAAGGUACUAGAAAAAAUCAAAGAUUCUGUGGAAUCUGGGAAUCAUUAUGAAGCACAUCAAAUGAUCCGUACUGUCUGCAGACGGUAUGUAAAGCAAAAGAAGUAUGAUAUUGCCAUAGACCUCCUAUUCUCCGGAGUCCAAACCUUACUGAGUCAAAAGCAAAGCGGUAGUGGCCUGGAUUUAUCACUUUAUAUGAUGGACGUUUACAUUGAAGGAGAACUGCAAGUUUCCGAUGAAUCCAGAGAUCGGGUUGUUCAGUUGUUGGGGCUAUUCCCACCCGAGGAACCUGGUCGCAAAAGAUUUAUUGAUUCCGCGGUCAGUUGGUCAAUUAAAUUUGGAGAGAGUCCUUCUGGUGAUCCAAAACUGCAUCAAUUCAUUGCAGAAUUGUUAUGGAAAGAUAAUCACAGAUAUCUGUGCUUACGGAGUAUUCGUGAUGCGAGGAUAGCUUUUGAAAGUUUCGUUUCAGAGGUUAUCUUAAAAGACCCAGGCAUAAAGGCAGAGAGUAUUCCCUACCGUCCAACAAUAACCGUUCAACGAGAAGCUUCGGAUUUAUUUGUUACCCUUCGUAACAAGUAUAAAAAUGUCAUGUCCGUUGAGCCCAUGUUUGGAGAUCUCUUAAACAAAAUUGGUGAAAUAUUCUUUAACAUAAGAGCACCGAGAUCACAGCAACUUAACAUUUUCCAGGAUAUUAUGAAUAGUUUACUUGCACCACCAGGUGGAGGGCCAUCGUCCCCUGCGGGAACUUCUCAGACGAGAAUUAAUCCCCGGAACGAAUUCCCUUAG